UCUGGUUAUGAUUAUGAAGGCAACAGCGAAGUAUUUGGCAGGAAUUGAAGGGCCAAGUGGUUAUGGUUCAAAAUCAACAGCUGAACAAGUUACUCAAGAUUGUUUAUGUUCAAUGCAAUCUCAUCUUACUGCAAUAAUCACCGGUGCGACAUCUGGUAUCGGUGCUGAGACCGCAAGAGUGCUGGCGAAGAACGGUGUAAGAAUAAUUAUUCCGGCGAGGGACUUGAUUAAGGCAGCAGAAGUGAAGGAAUCCAUACAAAACGAGAGUCCGGCAGCAGAAAUAAUCUUAUUGGAGAUGGACUUGAGUUCAUUUGCUUCAAUCCAGAAAUUUUGUUCUGAUUUCUUAUCAUUAGGACUACCCCUUCAUAUCCUCAUCAACAAUGCUGGCAAAUAUUCACACAGAUUGGAGUAUUCUGAAGACAAAAUUGAGAUGACUUUCGCAACAAAUUACUUAGGACAUUUUCUGUUGACAGAAAUGUUGCUGGGGAAAAUGGUGGAGACAGCCGCAGAGAGUGGCAUCCAAGGAAGAAUAAUAAAUGUCUCUUCUGUAAUACACAAAUGGGUAAAAAAAGAAGACUUUUGUUUCAGCAAAAUGCUCAACCCAAAGAGUUAUAAUGCUACUCAGGCUUAUGCUCAAUCAAAACUAGCCAAUAUAUUGCAUGCCAAGGAAUUGGCAAGAAAGCUCAAGGCAGGAAAUGCAAAUGUAACAGUCAAUGCAUUGCAUCCAGGAAUUGUCAAUACUGGUAUUAUCAGGGAUUACAAAGGCUUUAUUUCAGAUUCUAUUUGUUUCAUGAUCUCUAAGUUGCUGAAAUCAAUAUCACAGGGUGCAGCAACGACAUGUUACGUCGCAUUAAGCCCGCAUAUGGGUGUGGUGAGCGGCAACUACUUUGCAGAUUGUAACGAGAGUCCGUGCUCAGUGCUAGCAAACAAUGAAAUUGAAGCACGCAAACUAUGGGAGCAAACUCGCCACACUUUCACAAAGAGGCAAUUACUUAAGCCACUAGGAUAA